ACUUGGGCCGGGACAUUUCGUAGCAGGCGCAAGCGCACAAUAAACUCCUGAGGCAUCUCGGUCCCCACCAGCACCUUGGCCGUGGCACCCCGUGCGACAACCGGGGGGCUCUAGAGGGACACGCCCGCUGGGCUCGCUGUCCCCGUGAGCAGACACGGGAACGGCAGCGUGCCCCGGGCUCCGUGAGGGCACGGCAGCUCCCGGAGCCGCCCCUCCCGGCGUGCCCCGGCAUGAAGAGAGCAGCAUGCCGGGAGCCGUAGUCCGCGCUGCCCCCGGCCCGGCGCCGCUCGCCGCUCGCAGCCCGUGCCACUGCAUCGUCCGGCCCGCUCCUCCUGUUCUCGGAUGGAGGGCUCCAAGGAGCUGGAAAACAGCCUCCUGACCCAGCCCUGGGCUUCUGUUUGCUUUGGAGAAUCCACUUUUCUUGCCAAAGUGUGCUUCAGGGAUACUGGCUAUAUCCUGCUGAUCUCUGACCUCAGCAGUGUCUGGUACGAGAGUGCGGAUGCCGAGGCUGUAGGACAAAGGUCCAAGGAGCUGAACAAGCGGCUGACCGUUCAUGUGUCCUCCUUCCUGAACCACUUGUGCAACCUGAUGUGCCCCUUGCUGGCAGGACAGCCAGGUGCCACCACCGCCUUCUCCUGCCACCGCUCUCCCAGUGGCCUCAGGCUGCACGUGAAAAGCGAGCUGUCAGGACUGCCCUUCUACUGGGACUUCCACUGCUGCCCUGCUCCCUUGGAGAUGGUGUUCCGUCACCUCGUGCGGCCCCUGAUUCAGAUGAACCUGGCGCUGCAGUGCCAGGUACAAGAGCUGAUUUCCCUGCUGCUCCAGAAGGAUGCUGAGAUUGAAGAUUACAGGGAGAGCGGGGCCACUCUCAGCAGAGACCGCCUGCAGACAGAGACCUUCCAGGAGGAGACGUUUCAGCAGAACUUCAUGACUGAGACCCUGCCCGGGAUCUGCGGCGCAGGAGAAGGGCAGGCGUUUGCCUCUGCUCUGCAGCAGCUCUACACUGCAGUGACACAGCAGGAGGCCAAGCAGGCUCGGAAACGGCAUUGCCCUGAGGGCGACGUGGAUACAGCAUCCACUGCAGAAACCACAGAGCAUCCCCAUCCACCUGCUCCAUCCCAGGAGGAUGAAAGGACAUCUUCCAGCGAGAGAACCUCGCCAGCCUCCUCCCCAGCUCAGAAGCCCCGGCUGCCUGCAGCCAAGGCCAAGCCAAAGAAGGCAAAAGGGCUCUUCAGCUGAAAGAGUGCUGCCAACCCUGCUGAGGUCUCUGCUUCCCCCAGCAUCCAAGAGAGGGAGUGCAGAGCACCAUGCAUCAUCUGCAUCUUCUCUGCAUUUCCUGGUGGACCCUGCCCAGGUCAUGGUCCCCUCCCAAGAUGUCUCCAGUUGGGGAGAUGGAGCUCCUUUCUUCAAUAGUGUUUCAGGAAACAGCUUUUCUAACUCUUUCCUGGUGCAGAGUUUGCCCAGGAUUCCUCUCAUGGCAGAGCCAGUGCUGGACCUGGGAGAAGUGGGAGGGAUGCUGCCAGUGGGUGUGGGACAGCUAGGGCUCUGGCAGAGCUGUGGGGUUUGGCUGCUCUUGAGUAGAUUUUCAAUAAAUGGCUGUGUCUGGGUGAGA